ACGGGACAACCAAAACUCUUAGAUGGAAGGACGGCACGGCAUGGAGGCUGAGGAUACUACAGCAGGACAAAAGAAGAAGCAUAAAAAAUUCCGCCUGUUCGGCAAGAAGAAGUCGACGCCAGAUCCCAACUGCCCACAAUGCAACCCGCAGCUUGUGGUCGCCAUGAGAGCAAAGGCAAGGCAGCAAGAUCUCCUCCAUCAGCAGCAACAGCAACGGGAGGCUAACGACACAACUCCUGAUCUUGCAGAAGACGAAGUUCCUUGCGAAUGUCCCCAGUGCCAACGCAACCGGUCUGAGCAACCCCUCACAGUUGAGCUCCUUCCUAUGGACACUCAAGUCACACUCCAGCACAUGAUGCAGGAUGCAGCUUUUAUGUGCAACCUCCUCUGAGAAGAAGACGUAGUCAUUGUUAUGCCUCCGUUACACGACGUGUAGUGCUUGGCCCACACAUGAACUGGAGUUGUACUGGAGUUGUACGUAAUGGGGUCUAAGUCUGUUCUUCUGUACUUCUAGUCACGUUUCUGUGCCCCAAAUGGUGUUUUGUUUGAUUUUAGUAGUUUCGUGUAGACCUCGGGAGUGUCGCUUUCCACGGUGGUUUUCAGUGAAGCGCGGUUCAGGCAAUGGCGUGCAAGAGGCACAAGAUUGCGGUUUUGUUGUAUAUUGUUUUUGACAUUGAAAUUGAGUCGUAGAACAUGUGGCAAUUUUAUGGUGGCGUUUAAGUGCGAGAUUAUGACAUUAUGAGCUUGAAAUGGCAAACUGAUAUUUCACGGCAUCUGGUGCAUUUUUAGAGUGCGGGGGGUCUAUUUAUUUUGGCGGGAAAAGUCAGCCAGAAGGGACGGCUUGCUAUUUCUUGGUAAAUAAUUCCUUAGUUGGUAGUCAAGGUCCUGAAGUAGUCAGAGUCAAGCGAUGUGGGGUCAAAGGUCAGAGGCCUUCCGCCGUCCCGCCCACGAUUGGACAGGCUGCUGAGGAGACCGGUAUCCCGCAGGUAGUGAAGAACCGCUGCGGUUACACCACCGCUGCGUCUGUCAAGUAAUAUAUGUUGUGAAAAAGAUGGAGUAUCCGAGGCUGGUCGGGCGAGACUCGAGCGCGUCGCUGAAGAUCUUGAAACGGCGGCUGUCGAGAAGAAGGUGUCGAAUGCCUGUCUCGACGUUGCAAAUAGAAUAUAGGGGUGUGGCUUGCUGGUCCAUUUUGAACAGCAGUGACGGAGUGCGGCCGCGGUUGAUGCGGAGCCGAUGGAUGACAGAUUCUUCCCUCCUUGAGACACGACUGCAGAUAGUAUACUCCAGCGUUGGGUCAAUGGACCCAAGAAGGGGUUGGUCCUGGCAACGUCCUUGACGUAUUUUUAGACAAGGUGCGAAAAGCCUCCCGAGUUACUAUUUCACAAAUGAAAGAGAACAACGAACACGGGAACAGACAUAGUGAGUGUAACCAAACUCAGCUUGCUUAUAGACAUAUGCGCUCAUCUCAUAUACAGUCGAUCUGCGAACUAGUGCAGUUUGCUGUUCAGAAUAUUUUAUUAUAUUUUAUUGACCUCUAUCUUCCAUCAUGACCAAGCUGAGAGCUAACAGAGUCCUAACGAAAGUAAUAGGGCUGUACGGGACUCGGUAGCGACCCUUGCUAACUAUCAGGGCUGUUCACGUUCGAUGUCAGGUGCUAACAGCUUUGGCGAAGUGGACCGAUGUGUGUGGUACAGCGUUUGCGCACGUAAAGAGUGCAAUACAUUCAAUAAUCCGCCCAUUUAAUGACACACAUUCCUGUUCAACCCCUUUCGUAAUAUCGUAUACCCAUGAAAACAUGCAGGAGCGAGGCGCGUUUUUAUGCCAUGUGACGAAAGACUCCAAAGAACGCUCCGGACUAAUGGAGGGGAGCACAACAUACAUUUCUGUGCCGUGGCAUUUUGUAGAUGUGUGGUUAGUCGGUAAUCGGUAUUGCUACAUAGACUGAUAGACUUACAAUAAACAACUGAUUAUGCACUUUGCAUGGUAGUUCUUUGAAGUCAGCGGAUAUCGCCGCAGGAGCCCCAAAAUGACAGCCCGCCUUUUCGAUUUUCUGCCAGCACUGAUAUAAGCUAUUACCUAACCUGAUGUGAACCACCCAGUGUGCAUCCUUCAUCACGAAAGAAAAAAAAUAAAUAAACGGGAAGAAAACGUAGGAACAAAAGGCAAAUGUGCAACAAGCCCAAAUUUCCCCUCUUAGUUCGUCGUAAGGUUCCUUAUACCGCAAGUCUGUGGUGUGUGUACCUGAUCCACAUCAAUUGUAUUUAGCAGCACUUCACCGCGCAGAACAUUGAGGACUGCACUUGACACAUAAUACCAAAUAUAUUUUUAGCCAGGGAAAAAAUACAAAUACAAAAGCCCUUUGAUUCUUAGGAGUAGCCAUGUUCAUAAAGUUGUUUUCACCUGUCGUGCUGUCCAUGAAUCACGGAGGGUAUAUUGUGAAACGACGCCCUCUUUUAACGCCCUGGCCAACUUCGUAAAUGUCAAACUAUACAGAUUUCCCGUCCUGCCCUUGUACCCCCUAGAGCAACAGCAACAAUGAAUUAUGCAUGGUGAUGUCGUGGGGUGUUCCCCCGUUUAGACUCCGGGACCCUAUAUACCCCAGUGCAUGUGCGGUAACUAUGAUUCGAUGAGCUGAAGCAGAAAGCAGUGUACGUUUUCCAGUCAAACUGCUAGUGUGUAUUUGGUUGUCGAUUCUUUGGCAGCCACAUGACUUUCGAUGGUUGUGGGUGACUGUGGUUGCCAGUGUGCUGUACGAGAGGCCUCGACAAUUCAUAUGGCGCCAUAUAGUGCCAUUGAGAUACAUAGAAACAGCAAUGCCCAUAUCAUAAUAAGUAUGUGGUAGUUGCACAGGGCUAAGUCAUCCUUGAGGUCCUCCAUGGAAGAGUAUAAUCCUUAGUUCACGGCAUGAGGGAAUCUUGAAAAUGCUUUGGUAUGUCGUCGCCCAUUACACAUCCACUUCCAUGCACCCUUGAAAAGCAUUACAGUUGCGGCAUACCUUGCUUGGUUUGAUUGUUUGCUCGUUUAUUUUAGUUGUGAUUGCAAGUGGGGACGAUGGGUUUCUACAUUCCUUCUCAUUCCUGCCACAAGCACUUGCAAAAUACAUCAGUGCAGAUUUUUAUGAAUGGGCCAACACCAGUGGCGUAGCCAGACCUCCAAGGUAGGGGGGGCUCGAUACGAAAACUCGCCCCCCCCCCCCGCUGAUCCUGUGUCGACAACACACAACUUGUGCACGCUGCAAACUGAGGAUUAAAAAAAAAGGAACGAAAAUAGUUGAUUUAGACGUUCACAGUACGAUUACAUGUAUAGGCUGUCAUGACCAAUGAGGUGGUGUCACAAGAUUGGAAGUAUUUUGAAAAGCUCAUACUUUGAAAACCAUUCAAGAGUGCUUCUUAGAUAGACGCCAUGAACUGCAAGAACCUUCGCGAUCGUCACACUGGUCCCCCCCCCCCCCAACAUAUAUUAUGUUCUAGGA